UGGAUAGCGUUUGAGCGAAUUUCCUAGCGAAACAUAGAUCAAGGUAGAUCAAGCACUAUCGUGAUGGCGGGCACAAAGUUUGCAUACGUACGCAAUUUCGAGCUCCCUGAUCCACUAUUACCGGACACCUAUCUGGUCUGUCGUCUCGAUGGACACUCUUUCCACCGGUUCUCGGACGAGCAUGGCUUUGCAAAGCCAAACGACGAGCGUGCGCUCCAACUCAUGGAUCACGCCGCAAAGAGCGUGAUGACCGAGUUCAAAGAUAUCAUGCUCGCAUUCGGCGAAUCCGACGAAUUCAGCUUUCUCUUUCGAAAGUCGACGAAUCUUUAUAACCGACGACACUCGAAAAUACUCACCACGUUGACGUCUUACCUUACUUCGUGCUAUGUGUUCAACUGGUCGCGGUAUUUCCCAGACACGCCGCUACGAUAUCCACCGUCAUUCGACGGACGCAUUAUAGUGUAUCCGACUGAGCGUGCAAUUCGGGACUAUUUUUCAUGGCGACAAGCUGACACCCACAUAAACAAUUUAUACAAUACCACCUUUUGGGCUCUCAUACAGAAAGGAGGUCAAACAACUACGGAGGCGCAUGCUACUCUUAGAGGCACCGUUUCUGCGACCAAGCACGAGAUGCUCUUUUCCCGCUUCGGUAUCAACUAUAAUGAAAUAUCACAGAGGUUCAAGAAAGGUAGCAUUAUAGUCCGAGAAAUCGUAGCCCCUGAAUCAUUGGACAAGGGUGAAAAUCUUGAGCCCCCGAUGCAUUUGACUCGCCAUGAGGCCAAUCAAACACCCGACGAGAGCCCCGAAUGCUCAGGGGCGUCUGCUCCAACCACAAACAUACCCCUGCAUUCACAAUCUACAGACGAAGAUGGUGAGACUCCACCAUUCGGCCCUCCGCGUCAAAAACGCUUCAAGGCCAAGAAGAAAAACAAACCGGAAACUACAAUAGAGGUACUUCACUGCGAUAUCAUUGGCGAUGAAUUUUGGCUGGCGCGUCCACAUCUAUUGGAAAAUUGAUACAGCGUCUGCAAGACUCGGAGACGUGCCAUUGUCAUCGUCAGCGUUGGAGCCGUUAAAAAGUAGGGGCAAUAACAGAAACUACAAUACAGCUGCCUCGAGAAACACAGACUGAGAGAAUAGGACUUAUUGAAGUUGUGUUGUCGCAUGGAUGGAGUGGACAUGACGUUCAGGUGCAUCACAUACUUAUGCAAGCACCGCAGGUCUGCGACUCGCAGUUAAAUUAAAACGUAGACUUGCCAAAUAAUCUGUUACAACAUGUGGUUG